CUGCCUCUCACCUCUCUCCACGCACACCCAGGUUUACGCAUCCAUGAAUACUUGUAUUUCCAAGUGCUGAGCCCUGGAGACAUCCGCUACAUCUUCACCGCCACGCUGGCCAAGGAUUUUGGUGGUGUGUUUAACACAAGGUACGACCAGAUCCACCUGGUCCCGGCGGACCCCCCCGAAGCCUGCGGAGAGCUGAAUAAUGGCGUCUUCAUCCAGGACCAGAUUGCCUUGGUGGAGAGGGGGGGUUGCUCAUUCCUGUCGAAGACGCGUGUGAUCCAGGAGCAUGGCGGGCGGGCAGUGAUCAUCGCAGAUAACGCCUACGAUAACGACAGCUUCUACAUCGAGAUGAUCCAGGACAGCACCAGGCGGACAGCCGACAUCCCCGCGCUCUUCCUGCUGGGCAGGGACGGGUACAUGAUCAGACGCUCCCUGGAGCAGCACGGGCUCCCCUGGGCCAUCAUCUCUAUUCCCGUCAACGUCACCAGCAUCCCCACGUACGAAAUGAUGCAGCCCCCCUGGACCUUCUGGUAGCAGCGGGAGGCUGCGGCGGAUCGAGGACUUCUCGGUGGAUCCCAGGAGCUUGCCCCAGGGACCAGGUUUGAGCGAAGGGUCCCAAAGCGCCCCAGGGAUCCCACCGCCCAGCCUCGCCGGAUUCAGCAACAAGGAGAUCUUUUCUGCUGCCGCCGGCACGUGGCUGAAGGGCAAACACCAGCACCCGCAGUGGGAACCUUGAGCCUGGUACCGAGCACCCUUUGUAGUGACUUUCUGGGAGGGAGGUGAUGGCCCAGAGCAGGCCAGCACUUCCCCGAGAAACAUCUUAACAAUGUGUAAGAUGCCACCAGUAAUUUGUGCUGCUGAUUUAGAGGGAUGCAGGACUACGUGGAUGAGGUCUGACAGGGAUGGGAGGGAGAGCGAGAUGCAGACUCACAGUGGUCUGUACUAGCAGGGCUUGCCCAACAUCUGUAUUUUUGUCUGAGGUAAUGAAGUC